CUCCUCGCGCAGGACCGGAGUGGUGUUCACUCGGCGGCGCGCCACGGCGCGACAUGCCCAGCUGAUGUUUAUUUAUACCGCGAGCUCGGCGGAGGGCGCGCGCGGGAGGCCCUCCCCUCCGCGGCACCACGGUUUCGCGUGAUGCAGCCGAGCGAGCUAGCCGACACCGCGCACGCCGCUAGCGGAAAUCCCCCGCAGAGUGGCCUCAACGGUGGCCGAUUCGACUUUGACGAUGGUGGGACGUAUUGUGGCGGUUGGGAGGAUGGCAAGGCCCACGGCCACGGAGUGUGUACCGGCCCGAAAGGACAGGGGGCGUACGCCGGCUCCUGGCACUUCGGUUUCGAAGUAUCCGGCGUCUACACCUGGCCCAGUGGCAGUUCGUACGAGGGACAAUGGCAGAACGGCAAACGGCAUGGUCUCGGCGUCGAGUCGCGCGACCGCUGGUUGUACCGCGGGGAGUGGACGCAGGGCUACAAGGGCCGCUACGGCGUCCGGCAGAGCAGCACGAGCAAUGCCAAAUACGAGGGCACAUGGGCGAACGGGCUUCAAGACGGAUACGGCUCGGAGACAUACGCGGAUGGCGGCACGUAUCAAGGACAAUGGAUGCGAGGUUUCAGGCAUGGCUACGGAGUGCGAACCUCAGCGCCCUUCGGCCUGGCGUCGCACUACCGCGGGAGUUCCCGCGACCACCGCGGCUCGCUGUCGUCGCUGGCGGAGGCGACGGGCACGCCCGACCCCUCCGACCGGAGAACCACUCGGAUGGACGAAGCCAGAGGCGGCUUCGUGCUUAAGGCCAGCUCUGACGAGCCUACGGGAAGACGAGGUUCCCUCGUCGAAAAGACUAAAAGGGGCCUUUUUGCCAAACUCCGUAAACAACGUAGCGCGGGCGAGUUGGACAAGCGGGGCGGCGGCUCGGUGCGCUCGGGCGGCUCGGCCGGCUCGGCCGCGUCCUGGGUGUCCUCGGUCGAGAGCACGCACUCCGCGGCCACGCGCGGCUCCUUCCACACCAACUCAAACACCAGCUUCAUUGUCGAGGAUGAACAUUUGGAUGCCAGUGUGACAGAAACUUACUUGGGCGAAUGGAAGAAUGACAAACGUACAGGGUUCGGUGUGAGUGAGCGGAGCGACGGUCUUCGGUACGAGGGCGAGUGGUUCGCGAACAGGAAGUAUGGCUACGGCGUUACGACGUUCAGAGAUGGCACGAAGGAAGAGGGCAAAUACAAAAACAAUGUACUCAUCACAAGCCAGAAACGGAAACACAUAUUCCUCAUGCGAUCGGCAAAGUUUCGGGAACGAGUUGACUCAGCAGUGAAUGCAGCGCAGCGUGCAUCGAAAAUAGCAUUACAAAAAGCCGACAUCGCUACCUCUAGGACAGCCACAGCGAGAGGAAAAGCCGAACAAGCCGAUGAAUCGGCAGACCAAGCUAAAGAAGACUGUGAUAUAGCACAAACAACUGCCAAGCAGUUCGCACCAGACUUUAAGCAUCCUGGCUUUGAUCGUAUAGGUUUAAGAGAGAAAUAUAGACAGAAAAUUUACGAAUCACAGGUUACGUCUGUGAUUCAAGGAUCCGAUAAAACCAUGGACGGCAAGAGCAUUCCAAAUCAUAUCCCUCCGAUGCAUUCACAACCUCCUCAAAUGAACAAAAUGCCAAAUUCGGUCUCUUCUAGAAGACCGUCAGCCCAAUAUCCUUCAAAUGUAGGACAUACAGUUGACCCACGAUUUUCCAAUAGUCCUAACUACAGUACCGAUGUCAGAAAUAUAGGCCCGCAGUAUGAUCAAUUUUACAAACCUAACCAAGACACGUGGUCUACGCCUGGAAGUACACAAAAUCAGAUAUCCAAUCAAAAAAUAUAUACUUCUAAUGAUCCACCGAGUGGGUAUAACAUCACGUCGCCCGAAGGUCAACUGCCUGCUGCACCGUACAGAUUACAACAACAACAACAACAACAGCAACCUAUCGAUCUAAUGAACCAACAAUUCCAAACUCGGAGACCUUCAGCUUCAAUGAGACCCCCAACAAAUCAAAAACCACCCCAAGACUGGACCUCUCCAGCGGGUGUAGCACGGAGACAAAGUGUUCUCGCUUUACCUACGAACGAUCCACAAAGUAAUAUCUAUACGGAUCCUAGUAUGGCGGCCUAUGCCAGAAACGAACUUCGCACCGGUACAGUACAUUCAGAGGGACCUCUCGACAGAAGCGCUUUAAAUGCAGAAUCUCAAGGUUAUCGACAGGCAAUCGACCCGCAGGGUUAUCGACAACCGCUGGACCAACAGGGCUACAGACAAGCGCCGGAACAACAGAUGUACCGGCAACCUCCAAUGGACCAACAAGGCUAUAGACAAACUCCUGAUAAACAAAUUUAUCGCCAACAAGCAGUCGACCAACCAUCCUAUCGUACUAAUGCGACAGAGCAGGACAUUAUCAAUGGAGAUCGCGAACAACGACCACCGGGGAGCCGGCCCUCAAUCGACUACUUCGAUCACUAUAAAAGGCCUCCAAGCAGAGAUUCCAGUGUGGAUCGAUACGGCAGGCGAUCGCGGCAACCCUCAGUGGAGGCUGCGCCUCCGGGCAGCGGCUCGCGGGCUGGAUCCGUCGCGCCGCAGCCCGCGCCCGCGUCGCGCCCGCCGUCUCGCGCCGCCACUCCUGCGGGCAACGGCCACUUAGCGUCCGGCCGAGGAUCCGUUUCGCGCGCUUCUUCGAGAGAUCACCAGCCUUUCGAGGAUUCGCUAUUACGCAAAAGAACACUAGGACAAGACAUUUCACCUUCACCCUAUCAACCAAAAAGAACAGAGAGCUUAUUUGUAGCACAGAACCCCGCGCCGCCCCCGCCAGCGCCCGCGGGCGGGGGAGGAGGAGGACGAAAGGUAAGACUAAUGUGGUAUCAAGGAGGAGACGAGGAUGAAGACGAGGACCUUAUGUGUUCGCCGGCUAUACUUGCACGACGAGCUUCCGAAAGCUGGAUAAAUGUACCUCCCGUUGAGAUGCUGAGCACCCCUCAAACUCUGCAACGCAAGAAAUCGCUGCCGGACGUAGCGGGCAUGCCACGGUUGCCGGACGGCGGAGGCAUGUCGCGCGAGGAGGUCUCCGCGCUGGGCUCCGCGCGACGCGAGGAGGUCCGCCGUAUGCACGAGGAGUCCGAAAAACUGAGAGCCAACCCCCUCCUCUACCUAGUUAGUCCACAAGUAAAGGACUGGUUCUCCAGACAGCAACUAGUGAUCCUUGUACUGUUUAUCAACAUCUCGUUAGGCAUUAUGUUUUUUAAGUUGCUCACGUAGCGUCGGCGGGCGGCGCGCGCGCGCCUUCCUUCGCGGUGUAAUUUGCACGUGUACAUAACAUUUAUAAAAUAAUCUCCGACACCGCCCAAACUAUGUCCGAUGUGCAAGUACUUCAAUAAGUUAAUCACUACCUAAACCUCUUUAAACUUAUUCAAUCUUACCAUCCAAAACGAUUUUAAGUAUCUAUAGAUAAGGACUUCGAUUUGCUAGUGAACUUUUAUUAAAGUUGUGAAAGUGCGAAAAGCGAGAAAAGUUAUCGAUACAAAGUGCAAAUAUGCCCCACCCUCGUCGAGUCAAUAUAAAAUGUUCUUAUGGUGUGAGAGUGAGAUUUUGUGACCACUAUAGACGAAAAAUUCGAAUGUAAGAUGCACGAUUUACUCAAGAACCUGCAUAUUGUAGGUUUUCGCCCUUGUUGUAAUGUUAAAUGCUUGCCUUACUAAAUACAUACGUUUAGGUAGAAAUAAAACAGAACGCAAAUUAGUGAAUGAUGAGCGACAAUUUUUUUAAGGAAUACUUAUUAAAAUUAUGAGACCAUGAUAUAAGUAGAUUAUUUAUAAAACUUGAUUACUUUCGACGGUUCAAAGUAAUGUAUUUUGAAGCUCUGUAGUAAAUUCCUUGUAGCUUCAGAGCUGAAAAAUAUUUCUAUCGAUGUUUGACUUUUAUUUGUAUAUUUCUAUCGUAGGUAUAUUGUACUGUGGCAAAUUGGAAAAUUUAAAAUUAUUUUUUUAUCUCAAAGUAGGUAAAAAAUACCUAUAAAUAGGUAUAAUAUGGCAAUAUGGCCUGCUUUUAUUUUAAGUUUUAAUGAAAUGUACAAAAUUUUUAAUUAUGUACAUAAUAUGUACAUAUUAUUGUCUACUUAUGUUAUAUAUAUGUUGAUUCAGUCACCGAUACCAAAAGGGAUGUUAUAUUUUAUUAUAAAAUUUAGAAAAUUUGUAUUCGGUCUUGCAAUUAGAACCUAUAUUUAAAUUUAAAAUCUACAAAUUAUAAAAUUUCUAUAUUUCGAAAUAAACAUGUGUUAUACAAGCAUGUAAUUUGUGUUGUAACUAAGAAGUCAAUUUCAUGUUUUUUAAGGUAUAUCUUAUAAGAAAGUUUAUCUUAUUUAUUACUACUUAUAAAUAUUAAGUGUGCAUGCGAGACUGUUGACACGCUGUACAAUUACGAAAGUUGUGGGAAAACGCGCAAUCCUUAUAUUGUUAAAAGUAAGACAAUUUUCGCAAUUUCAUUAUUAUGUAAAAACUUAAGUUAUCUCUAAGAGUUUAAUUACGUGUAUCAAUUUUAUCUACGUUUCACAAAUAAAAUAUUUUAACAAAAUCAUUAA